AGCAUCGGGCAGGAAGAUGGAGAAGUUCUCAGUGUCUGUGAACAUUGCGGCACACAGUGAUGUGACCUUCAUGCUGACAUAUGAGGAGUUGCUUCAGCGUCAAUUGGGCCAGUAUGAGCUCAUGACCCGAGUCAAACCCAAGCAGCUGGUCCAGAAUUUUGAGAUCAUAGCAGACAUCUAUGAACCCCAAGGCAUUGCCUUUCUCGAUGCUUAUGGCACCUUCGUCACAAAUGAGCUGCUCCCCCUAGUGGAGAAAACUGUCACUGACACUAAGGCACACGUGGCCUUCAGGCCAACAGUGGAGCAGCAACGCACCUGUCCCACUUGUGAUGGCACACUGAUUGAUGGAGAUUUCUUCAUUAAGUAUGAUGUGAAGCGAGAGAAAGACAUUGGUAACAUACAGAUAGUGAACGGGUAUUUUGUGCACUUUUUUGCUCCUGCGGAUUUGCCAUAUGUACCGAAGAAUAUCGUUUUUGUGAUAGAUAUCAGCUGGUCCAUGUAUGGAAAAAAAAUUGCCCAGACACGUGAAGCUCUGCACACUAUCCUGGGUGAUCUCCAUGAGGAUGACCACUUCACAAUCAUAUUAUUUGAUGAUAGGAUAAAGUAUUGGAAAGAGUCCCUGGUCAAGGCUACAGAGGAGAAUGUGACUCAAGCAAAAGACUUUGCUUCGAAAAUCGUAGCCAGAGGGAGGACUGAUAUCAACAAGGCUGUGCUGAAGGCUGUAGACCUUCUCUACAAAGAUGCUGCUGAAAACAAGCUGCCAGACAACAGUGUCUCCAUGAUAAUCCUCCUGACGGAUGGAAAUCCCACUUCAGGGGUGACAUCUCCAGUAGCAAUUCAGAGUAAUGUGCGGAAUGCAAUCCAAGGGAAUAUGACUCUCUUCUGCUUGGGAUUUGGCUUUGAUCUGAAAUACAAUUUCCUGGAAGUGAUGGCCCAGCAGAAUAAUGGCUUAGCCAGGAGGAUCUAUGAAGAUUCUGAUGCUGUGCUCCAGCUUACGGGCUUUUACAGUGAAGUGGCCAGCCCUUUGCUCUCCAAAGUGCACCUGAAUUACCCCCACAAUGCAGUUAAUAGGCUAACCCAACACCAUUUCAACCAAUACUUCAACGGCUCAGAGAUUGUGGUCGCUGGGCAGGUAUCAGAUGAUGACCUACAAAACUUCAUCUUUGAGGUGUCUGCACAAGGGAUGAAUGACAUAAAGUUCCAGGGUCAAGCAAGUGCUGAGGAUUGGAAUAUCAUCUUUCCAGAAAAGGAAUACAUCUUCGGAGACUUCAGUGAGCGUCUGUGGGCGUAUCUUACUAUUCAGCAGUUACUUGCCAAAAGGGAGAGUGGUAAAGUGGAGGAGAAGGCUAAUGCGACGGCUGAAGCCCUGGCGCUGUCCCUGCAUUACAACUUUGUGACUCCACUUACCUCCAUGGUGGUGACCAAACCUCAGAAGGACGAAACACCAGAGGACGCCAUGAUUGCAGACAAGCUGACUGAGGAUGAACGUCAUAGGCCAAAUUAUGCUGGUAUUCCCAAACCUCAGCCUGCAGCUAGCUAUCGUGCAGUCACAAGCGUGGAUGGAGAUCCCCAUUUUAUCAUCCAAGUUGCAGACCUGAAUGACACUUUGUGUUUUAACAUUGAUGAUGUCCCAGGCACAAUUUUUAGCCUGGUGAAAGACCCUUUAUCAGGAAUUGUGGUCAAUGGCCAGACCAUAGGAGAUAAGAAAGUGGACCCUGGAAGCAAAGUCCACACCUACUUUGGACGGUUUGGGAUAGCUCACCAAAAGCUAAACCUCAAAGUGGAGGUAACCACCCAAAGCAUCAUUGUCUCCCAGGACAGGCGGAAGACUUUACUCUCCUGGUCUGACAACAGGACUUUCAGGGGCCCUGGCGUGGAAAUUGAGAUCACAAAGGAACGCAGUCUUACUGUCACUAUGAGGGACUCGGCCAAGUUUGUUAUCAUCUUGCACAGGGUGUGGAAGAAGCACCCAUACCACCGGGACUAUCUGGGCUUUUAUACUCUAGACAGCCACCUUCUCUCUAGCAAAGUUCAUGGCCUCCUUGGACAAUUCUACCACGGCCUGCAGUUUAAGGUUGGUGAGCUGCAUGAAGGAAAGGAUGCAGACAAACUAGAUGCCACCAUGACGGUGAAGGGUCAGCAGCUCACCGUCACCUGGGGCUGGCAAAGAGACUUCCGCAGGGAUGUCAAGUAUGGUGAAGGUGUAUCCUGCUGGUUCGUGCACAGCAAUGGCACAGGCCUCAUCGACGGGACUCACCAUGACUAUGUGGUGUCCGAGAUAUUCAAGACCAGCUGAGUGACAAAACCAUCAGCCAAAUUGUUGAAAUGCUUCAAAGACAAUAACAAAAUACGACAAAAUGGAGACUAUU